AAACAACCCCUGUCUGAGUUAAUCACACGUUGGUCGGGCGGAUAACCAUUGUUGUUACCGCGAUUUUGCGAAAAGCAAGAUGUGCUCAUGUUCCUGAUGAUGCUUCUCCCCAUGAUAAACUUCUGAUUAUUAUAUCUUCUCGAAUAUAUGUUAAUUUGUCUGCCGGUAAUGUGAAAAUAAUAAAAUAGGAACUUUAAUAAAUUAUAUGGCACAUGAAUCUAGGCUUACAUAGACAGUUCUGAGUAUUUUUUAGUCACCACCUUCGCCGGUGUGAAUUCAUAUCACCGACCGCUGUCGGAGGAAGGCACCGUCUCCCGAAACUGUACCUAGGGCCUAGGAGCCUAGAGACCCAGGCCUAGGAAGAUGGCUGCUCCGGUUUUAUAUAGCGUUAUCCUCGCUAUUUUACUGCGAUUUGUUUGCUUCAGAACGUAUCUUUCAAGCAUCUUAACAGAUAGAAUCGAAGUAGUUACUCCAUUGACAUCUUGGACAAGAAUAAUUGAAGGUAUAACAUUAAUGGAGCAAGGAAUCUCACCAUAUGCAGGAGAUGUUUUUCAUGAGACGCCAUUGUGCCUUCACCUGUUCAAGUUCUUACACAGCAUAUCACCAGCCAUCAUACCUGCUGUCUUCAUUGGCAUUGAUAUGUUUAUUGGCGUUGUCCUCUAUAAUGCUGCACAACACGGCGUCAUCUACAUGCUUAAACGUCAGAAGAAGGAACAAAUCAGAUAUGCAAAGGAUGUUGAAAUGUUGUGUGUAAAACAGACAGCCUACCUAGACGUGCCAAAGCUUGUUCUUUACAUCUACCUAUUAAAUCCUUUCACUAUCUUCACAUGCUGUGCGAGGUCAACUAUCCUUCUGUCCAACCUGGCCAUUGCUGGUGCGUUCCUCUUCACGUUCCAAGAUUCUUGUUCAAAGCAACAAGGAUAUUCUGAUUGGGCUGGAUUAGGCCGUUAG